AUGCAACAACGUCGAGAUGAAAUCUUAGCAAAGAAGGCAAAGCUCGCUGAGCUUAAGCGCCAGAGAGAGCUUCGAGCAAGCCAAGCGACAGCAAGUCGUCCCGGCGCUGGAGCCUCCAGUGACUUGAUAUCACCAACCCCUGGAAGAGCAGACAAUCGCCGCGAGAUCGAAUCCCUCAUAAACAGCCUUGUCGGCGAUAGUAGGCCCGGCUCAACCGUUACGGGAGGACCUGGCUCUCCUGCUCCUCGUGGCAGCCGUCCGAACAGUGUCCUCAGCGCCGGCGAAGUCAGCAUCGACCAUUCCGAAGUUACCACGCCUAGUAACAUUCAUAUCCCUGCCCAGCCGCCCCCGAGCCUUAGUACUGGCCCCCUUCAGACGGUCUUCGAAUGUCCACCAUCUCCAGUAAAGGAGAUCUUCUCGUACAGCAAAGGUGUUCAGACGACAGAGGAAUGGACGACGCCAACCCGAACCAGGGCUCAAUCUCUAAUUUCAGAAGCUGAAGAUGUACCUGCCAUAACUUCGACGCCCAGCAAGAGGCUGAGCAGGAGGGAGCGGGACAGAGAGGAGGAACUCCGACAGAAGAUUCGGGAUGAGGUGGAAGAAGAGUUGAGGGCGACAAAGGAGUUUUUGAGUGACGGUGUGCUUCCUGCUGGCUCGGCAUUAAAUUAUCCCUCAAGGAACCUUACUACUGAGGAACUCGAUGCUGUUGCACAAUCGGACGAGUUCGUCGACUUUCUCGAAAAGUCUACAAAGGUGAUCGAGAGAGCUCUUGACCAAGAGACAUACGAUAUCCUUACAGACUACGCUCUGCAGGGUCAGGACAUAGAUGAUGAAGACGAUGACAGCGGUAAUACAGGUGGUAAAGGGCGACACAGGGUAAAGGAAGUGGCUCAAUUCUUCGACGAGAGAUGGUCCAAGAAGCGCAUGAUCAGCGGGAUCGACUUCUCGCCCAAGUUCAGCGAACUCGUUCUCGCUUCUUACACCAAGAACCCGACGGCUCCUCAUGAGCCAGAUGGAUUGGUCCAAGUCUGGAAUCUUCACAUGCAAGAUCGCCCUGAAUAUGUUUUCACAGCGCAGUCGGAUAUCCUGACGGCCAAGUUCUCCCCCUAUCACAACAAUCUGAUCAUUGGAGGUUCAUACAGUGGCCAGGUGUUGCUUUGGGAUACAAGAGCAAAAGCAGCCCCGGUCCAAAAGACCCCUCUGACAGGUUAUGGCCAUGCUCACCCUAUCUACUCUGUUGAUAUUGUCGGUACCCAGAACGCCAACAAUAUUAUUUCUUGCUCAACCGAUGGUGUGGUUUGUGGAUGGACAAUGGAUGUCUUCGCUCAGCCCCAGGAACUUCUCGAAUUGAAGAACCCUAGUCAGGCCAAGGUGGCCGUUGAAGACGUCAGUCCGACGUGUCUUUCUUUCCCAGCCACCGACCCUACAUUCUUCCUUGUGGGUAGCGAGGAGGGUACCAUCUUCCCUUGCCAUCGAUACGACCGUGCUGGUGCCAAGGCCGGUGUUGACAAGAAGAUAAGCUACAAAGGACACACUGCCCCCGUCAUGUCGGUGGACUUCCAUCCCGCCAGAGGCCCGGUUGAUCUGGGUGAUCUUGUUAUUUCAUCGUCCUUAGAUUGGAGUGUCAAGCUUUGGAAAGUCCGGGCACCUGCGGCUACAUCUACGAUCGGUUCUGGCGAUGGUACUAUCACGCCUCUGAUUGAUUUUGUACGUGAGGACGUCGUCUAUGACGCCAAGUGGUCGCCUGUUAAGCCCAACGUAUUCGCCUUGGUCGACGGCGCUGGUAGGCUGGAGCUUUGGGACAUUGCAGUUGAGACCGAAGAACCUGUGGCUACGAUCUCGCCCAGCUCUCGAAAGGAAGGUAGGACCAUGCUGUCGAAGAGUCUGAACAAGCUCGCGUGGGAACCUAAUGAUGGAAAGCGUCUUGCUACCGGUGGCAUUGACGGCUCCCUGACGAUCUUUGAGGUCGCUGGCGGUCUUGGUGGCAAGGAGGGUCUUAAGAAUGAAGAUUGGGCGAACGUGAAGAAGCUUGUGAAUCGACUGGAGGCAGUUGGUUCAAACGGUGCUGUGAUAGUUUAG